AUGAGCGGUGAAGAUCGAGGUGCACCCUAUCGGUAUGCUGGUGAACGGCCGCCAGCAUACCCAGCGGAUGGCUACGCUUCAUACCAGAGGGGUCUCAAGAGCUCCAUCCCUUCGCGCUCAUACGAUACAGCCUACCCCGAGCAGGGCUACGACCGCCACCUCCGUGAACGUGUUCACCCUGCCUACACUACUGGCCCAUCGUACGGCGUACCUCCUCCGCCUCCAACAGAUUAUCGUCGACCGCCGCCUCAAGCCGCUUAUCGCUACGAGGAGGAUUACCAUCACCGUCGCGCUCCAGCACAACCACAUCUCGAGUAUGCGCCAGAACAUCGCCGUCAGCCAGUGCACUCGGAUGCUUACCGAGAGGCCGACGAUAGGAGGUCCUUCGAGCAAGCCAGGUCGGAUCCCUAUGCCUCUCCGUCUCGCCACGCCUAUCAGGACUCUUACCGCUCCGAGCUGCCUCACGAGCGCCGACAUGCGCCUGCUGCAUACGAGAGAAUCAGCGUCCGAGACGACGCUCGAUCGGCGCCAGAAAAUCGUCACAUCGACGAGCCGGCGGUCUAUCGUCGAGAUGAGUACGAUGCACACUCCCGCGAAAUCCAGCCCUCGUACCGUCGCGGAGCUCACAGAUCACCCCGACUGUCGCCGCAGCCGGUCGUGAGCGCUCAUGAGCGUAGCAGCGAGUAUGCGACGCGCGACUACUCAGCGUCAGCCGCUCGCUACGCCGAGCCGGUCCACCAGCCCGAAAGCCCUCCGAGGCCAUCCAUGUCCAUCUUCAACAUGCUCAACGACCGUUCUGCUAACGGCGCUGUCGAAUCUGUACAUUCGAGCCCUACAAAGUCGAGCAUUGCCGCUGAGCACGAAUCGUACCCGACGACGGCGCAAGAGCCAAGUCAUGCGUCUCGUGCUGCGUUCGACCCUGCCAGAGAACAGUCAUACAGCACUGCGCGCGAUUCACAAGCUUAUUCCCGCGGCAGCGAGGCUCGCGCUGGGGCUGCCAGAGUGAACUACACAGUACAUCCCGAGGAUGAAGCGGCUAUCUCGCAGCGCAGAAACAGCUCAGCUCACCAGCAAUCCAGCAUCAAGUCGGUUCGUCAUCCCGCCAACGCUGUCGAUGAGCCAUUGAUUCGCGUCAAGCAUGAGGAAGCCACUUCUGCUUCCCUGGAUGCACAGAUGUCUGCCGAGCCACCGGUCAGUCACACGCUCAACAACGGCGAGCGGCUAUCGGCUCAGGACGCAAAAGUUGCGACCGAAGACAGCUCACUCGCAGCCAACGGCAACGGCAAGGUCGACUCCGCAGGCGGGACAGCCAGGCCAGCUCCCGCCAAGACGCAGCUCAAGCUGCGCAACAAUCCCUUGCCAGCUUCCAAGAGCAAUUCCAGUUUCGUUGCUCCUCCACCACCCGCAAAGAAGAACCGCGACCCGGAUGGCUGGGAGAGCGACCUCUCUAACGAGGAGAACCAGCCAUUCUGGCAAACCGAGCUCGACGACUACAUUUUCGACGUCAGAGAGCGCCAGCGCCUCAUCGAGGACGCCUUUGUGGCUUCUAUGCGUGAGAAGCACGUCGAAGUCGAGAGACGUCUCGCACGGGCCUACGAGGGUCGCUACUUUGCCGUGAUCCGACAGAUCCGCCUCCGAGAGCAGCAGGAGGCCUCGCAGAGGGACAUGGAGCGUCGUCAGGAUCAUGUGCGUCAGCAACGUGACCACGAGAUCGAUCUCGAGCUUCUUGGCACACUCAGCGAUGGCCAGCAAAAUAUGGGCACGAGAAAGAAGAAAGGCGGGCGCGGCACGGACGACGACGGGCUUCUCCAGGCAGAUGAUGACGACGACGACGACAGUGACGACGUCGCUCUUGCCGACCUUGCUGCCCGCAACGGCUCCAAAUCCAACAUCAUCAAGCUCAAGCGCAGCAAGGGGAAACCUGCAGCCGCAGAUCCUCGAAACAAGAAGCGCCGUCUCGAGAACGGCGCAGCUCUGUCUCCGGCACCUGGGUCGGAGGUGGACUCGACACUGGCCGAUUUCGGCGGCAACUUUGAUGGCGAUGACUCCGCAUUUGCCUCUCACCAGGCUUCCCCUACGCCAGACGAUGUUAGCUUCGCCCUCGAUGUGGAUGCCUCAGGCAAAGUACCUAUCGAUGCACGUCGUGCACAGCAGCUCGAGGAUGCCCACCGACGCAUCUGGACCACCAUUGCCAAGCGCGAUGUGCCCAAAGUGUAUCGCACGGUGCUCCAGAGUGCUUCAAGCAAAACCAUGUACUGGCGUAGAAUUUCGAGCGUCGUGCAGCGAGAGGCGAAGCGAGGGGCGGCGCGAAACAACAAGACGGUCAAAGAUGUUCAGCUUCGUGCGCGCAAAGUUAUGCGCGAGGUGCUCGUCUUCUGGAAGAGAAACGAGAAGGAAGAGCGUGAGCUGCGCAAGAAGGCCGAGCGAGAAGCCCUCGAAAAAGCCAAAAAGGAGGAAGAGAUGCGCGAGGCUAAGCGUCAAGCACGCAAGCUCAAUUUCCUCAUCUCACAGACCGAGCUCUACAGUCAUUUCGUUGGCAGCAAGCUCAAGACUGCCGAAGCCGAAGAAUCUGAGGAGACAGCUGGAAGCAGCAAGAUCAUUGAUCCAAAUGCUCAACCGUCGGAUGCCACUGUCCUUCCUAUCAAUCCACAUUCCGAACUAGCCGAUGCUGAAGCCAGGCUUGCCGAGCUCGACGAUAUCGACUUUGAUGACGAAGACGAGAGCAAUCUCCGCGCCCACGCCGCCCGCAAUGCACAGGAGGCGGUGCGUCUAGCAAAAGAAAAGGCACAGGCGUUUGACGUGGCAGCAGCAGAGGAGCGAAGGCGCAACGAAGCCGCCGCUCGAGAGCGCGAGGGCUUGGACGCCGGUCCCGUCAAGCAGAUCGAGGAGAAGGACCUUGGCAAGGCGUUUGACUCGGACGACAUGAACUUCCUGAACCCGACGUCCAUGGGCCAGACUGAGAUCAAGCAGCCCAAGAUGCUCACAUGUCAACUCAAAGAGUACCAGCUGAAAGGUCUCAACUGGCUUGCCAACCUGUACGAGCAAGGAAUCAAUGGUAUCCUCGCCGAUGAGAUGGGUCUUGGUAAGACGGUGCAGUCCAUCUCGCUCAUGGCCUAUCUGGCCGAGGUGCACGACAUUUGGGGCCCGUUCCUCGUCAUUGCACCUGCCUCGACGCUUCACAACUGGCAGCAGGAGAUCAGCAAGUUUGUGCCCACGCUCAAGGCUCUGCCCUACUGGGGUAAUGUCAAGGACCGCGCUGUGCUGCGAAAAUUCUGGAACCGCAAGCAGAUCUCGUACAAUCGUGACGCCCCGUUCCACGUGCUCGUCACUAGCUACCAGCUCGUUGUGUCGGACGAAAAGUACUUUCAACGUGUCAAGUGGCAGUACAUGAUUCUGGACGAGGCGCAGGCGAUCAAAUCGUCGAGUAGUAUCCGAUGGAAGACGCUGUUGGGCUUCAACUGUCGAAAUCGUCUGCUUCUGACCGGUACGCCCGUGCAGAACUCGAUGCAGGAGCUAUGGGCGCUGCUGCACUUUAUCAUGCCGUCGCUCUUUGAUUCUCAUGAUGAGUUCAGCGAGUGGUUCUCUAAGGAUAUCGAGAGCCAUGCCGAACAGAAGGGCACACUCAACGAACACCAGCUUCGACGUCUGCAUAUGAUUCUCAAGCCGUUCAUGCUUCGUCGUAUUAAGAAGAACGUGCAGAACGAGCUGGGCGACAAGAUCGAGAUCGAUGUCUUUUGCGACCUCAGCGCGCGUCAAAAGAUGCUCUAUCGUGGAUUACGCGCCAACAUUUCGGUAGCUGAGCUUAUGGAUCGCGCCACGUCGAACGAUGAGGCUGGUCUCAAGAGUUUGAUGAACCUCGUCAUGCAGUUCCGUAAAGUUUGCAAUCAUCCGGAGCUGUUCGAGCGAGCUGACGUUCGGGCGCCUUUUGCGCUCGCCGACUUUGCCCGUUCGGGCUCGUUGGCGCGUGAAGGCGAUCUGCUCAACUUGCCCGAUUCGACCACAUCGCUGAUCGAACUGCAGGUGCCGAAGCUGCUGGUGAGGGAGGGCGGCAUCUUUGACAUUCCUGGGCACAACAGCCGCAAAGGAUUCGACACAGGCUACCUGCAGAACUUGUUCAACAUCUGGCGUGCCCCUCACAUUCAUGAGUCGCUGCAGGAAGAGCGCUCGACGUUUGCAUCGUUGCCGUUGAUUGGAGUUUCGCCGUCAGAGGCUCAAAAGACCUUUCACAGCACGGGCAUCAAACGGAUCCUGGCAGCUGCGGCCGAAGAACGCCAUUGGCGCUCGCUGGAGGCGUUUGCGAGCGAUGACACGUUUGCUGCUGCUUCGGUCCGUCCCUUGGCCAAGAUGUUGCGUCCGAUGCCCACGACGUCGGGGCGUUCGCCAUCGGUUCUGAUGCCUCUGGAGGAAGUGGCAGCGGACUAUCGGCGACAUUCGUAUCUGGCCAAGGACUCAGCGCGAGCUGUUGUGGCGCCAGCUGUGGCGCCUCCGAUCAAGCUGUACAGCAACGAUGGACCGUUUAUGCAAGCGCAGGAGCGGUUCAGUCGCGAUGCACAGGUAUCGGUGACGCUGUUUGGGCUAUCGCCAGAAGGGCGCGAAUCAGUGAAGCGCGUGGAAGAGCUGCAAAGCGAAUUGCCAGAAGUGCCUCCACAGGGAGUAAUGCGCGACUCAUCGAUCGACCAGUUGCCGUACAACGGCAUGCAGGUGCCACAGAUGAACAAGCUGAUUGUGGACUCGAGCAAGUUGGCCAAGUUGGAUGUGCUGCUGAGGGAGCUCAAGGCGAACGGACACCGUGUGCUGAUCUACUUCCAGAUGACAAGGAUGAUCGACCUGAUGGAGGAGUACCUGAUUUACCGACAGUACAAGUAUCUGCGGCUGGAUGGCGCAUCUAAGAUUUCCGAUCGACGAGACAUGGUGACCGAUUGGCAGACCAAGCCAGAGUUGUUUAUCUUUUUGCUGUCAACUAGGGCGGGUGGACUGGGUAUCAACCUGACAGCGGCCGACACGGUCAUCUUUUACGACCACGACUGGAACCCUUCGAACGACUCGCAGGCGAUGGAUCGAGCACAUCGUUUGGGACAGACCAAGCAGGUGACGGUGUAUCGACUGAUCACCAAGGGUACGAUUGACGAGCGCAUUGUUCGACUUGCGCGAAACAAAAAGGAGGUACAGGACAUUGUGGUGGGAACCAAGGCGUACAGCGAGACGGGCAUGGCCAAACCACAAGAGAUUGUGUCGUUGCUGCUCGACGACGACGAGCUGGCGGAAUCGAUGCUGCGCAAGAAACAGGCAGAGGAAGCACAGACAGCUCAGGAGAAGGCGGAUCUGGCGCGUGCAUCUCAUGCAAAACGUCGACUGAACAAAGACCGUGCAGCAGCAGCUGUAGAGUCGCCUGCGCCCGUGGGAUCGACAUGGUCACUGGAAGACGACGAAGACGACUUUUUCGGAGCUCGUCCGCCGAGCAAAGCCGAUACGGACACGGCCGAGACAACGCCGCAACUGCAGAGCAAGAAGCGCAGUGUUGGUGGAGGUGGCGGCGGCAGCGGCGGGGCGAAACGGGGACGUAUCAGCGAGGUCGCUUCUCCACGCAUGACGCCGCUCAGCCUGGAUGAUGGUGCUUUGAUGGCAAGUGGUGAACAGCUGGCUUCGCCAUCGAAAGGAGCAGCUGCAAAGAGAAAGUCGAAGAGUCACCGCAAGAAGACGGUCGAUGAGCUGGCGGGAGUCGAUCUGGACUGA